AUGUUUCUGACGGUACAGCAGUCACUCAGUAGUGGCACCAGUUAUGGUGCCGCAUGGAUUCGUGAAGUCUGGCAUGGCCCGCUUUCCAUACAGCAGGGUAGCGGAGUACAGAGACUGCCCACUUCUACUCCCAAGCAGAUAGUUGCAGUUUAG